UGGACAUCACCUCACCCCCGGCUCCCUCAGUAUUCCAAUAGAGGAUAUACAUAUUAUAGAGUAGGACACGAAACAGAAGACCUUAGAAACAGAAGAAAUCUUAAAUAUAAAUCGAGACUCAUGUAUCAUGCAGGCAAUUCAGGAAUGUAGCCCGGUGCAUUUGUCCAUCAUUGAGUUCGAUGAAGACUUUUACACAGAAGAAAUUGGCCAGUGUCUUACUGACGAAUAUGCGUAUUUUUGUCUAGCGGGUUGUUCAAGACACUGGGUGAGAAGUUAUUACGACCAGAUUUCGUACUUUAGUAAACCUGUAUUCACGAUGCAUCUCUCUCAAUACGGAAAAUACAUUGACUCGUACACGAAACAUUACGAGCUUUUACCAUGGCCGACCAAGUGUUCGUAUGAUUUUGAGGCUAAGGAAGAUGUUCUUGUCUGUGAGACAGAUGUCAAAGUGAUUCCUAAUUACCUUAAAUGUGUGUACGACACUGACUCAGAUGGAGUUAUACUCGGGUGUAGAUCCGCAAGCCAUCUAAAAAAUUGUGAAAUGUUUGAAUGUCCAAAUGGCACCAUUAAAUGUCCUGGAAGUUAUUGUAUACCACGACGGUUUCUAUGCGAUGGGCAAUUUCAAUGUCCUGGAAAACAGGAUGAAGAAGAUUGUGGUUGUUUGAAGGAGGAAAAUGAAGUUAUCAUUCUUUUAAGUGAAAGCUUUCUCACUGAUAACACUGAAGUUAUUCAUGGAUUUGCUAAACAACUUUGUAACGGUGUCAACAUUGUCAGGUUGCUAAGCUACACGUCGUCUACCCCAUUAAUUGGCUUUGGUAUAGAAACAAAACUGUUGAAGAUAAACGACAAACUAAUUCAAACAUUUACAAACGUUGACAAUGACGAAGUUUGCCAGUAUAAAAUCAUGGCUGAUGUUUUGUUGAGUUCAAUUAAAUAUUCCGAUACAAAUAAACAAGGAUUUAUAUUCUUCGAAACCGAUAGUGAUGCUGAAGGAAUUGCAAAAUCAUUAUUUAUAUUGAAUGAGGGGACCAAUUCGUCAAAUAUUCAUAAAUACCGUAUCCUAAAAACAUCAAAUAGUCUGACAGAAUUCAAGAGCAAAUUCAACAAUGUAGCUGAUAUUGCUGUUCCGAGGUGGAACGUGAUAAGAUUUAUUGGAGCCUCCUUCUUUCCAGAAUUAUGCAAAGUCGCUGCAACAGAGUAUUGUUCAAAUGGAUUUAAGUGUUCUUCGAGCAAGAUUUGUGUACCCUUGGAUCAGAUAUGUGACGGACAAAGACAUUGUCCUUAUGGCGACGACGAACUGCUUUGUGGUUUCAAGUGCCCACAAAACUGUGCCUGUGUCGGUUGGAUAGUAGACUGUCGCAACAGCGAUUUCGAUAUGGAAAAACUUAGCAUGUUGCCAUAUCAUACACGAUAUUUAGAUCUCAGUUAUAAUAAGAAUGUUAGUGAAAUCUUAGAGGAUUCGUACUUAUUCAUGAACCAACUUGUAAGAUUGAACUUGUCAUACUCUGGUUUAAGGGAACUAUCAGGAAAAGCGUUCACUAAUAUUUACAAUCUAAAGACACUUGAUUUAAGUUAUAAUCUUUUUAGAAUUAUUCGCAGAAAGGUAUUUCACGUUUUGCUACAUUUGACAUCUUUGAAUUUACAUGGCUGUUCUGAAAUAACCACAAUAGAAGCGGGUGCGUUCGAAGGUCUUAUUUACAUACGGAGUAUACAAUUAAAAGGUACAAAGAUUACCAAAAUAUCCGCUAAUACCUUUUCUGGUUUAUCUCUCAAACAUCUAGAUAUUUCUAGUAGCAAGAUCGCAGAAAUUGCCGAUUUCGCCUUCGAUGAUCUUUCUGUUGAGGAAAUCGACUUUAAUAACAAUGACAUCAAACAUUUAAAUAGAAAGAUAUUUGCCGGUGUUCGUGAUUUGAAAAAAUUGAAGGCUUCUGCCUACAAAUUUUGUUGCAUCAGGCCAACAUACCUACUUGAAGACGAUUGUUACCCACGGAAAGACGAGUUCUCGUCCUGUGAAGAUUUAAUGCGAUUGUCAGGUUUGCAGACGAUGCUUUGGUUGGUUGGUUUUUCCGCUCUGAUCGGUAACUUCUUCUCUAUCCUGUAUAGACUUGUAUGUGACAGAGAGCGGCUGAAAAUAGCAUAUGGAAUUUUCGUUACGAAUUUGGCUGCAGCAGAUUUUCUGAUGGGAAUUUAUCUUAUCAUCAUCGCUAUUGCAGAUGCUGUUUACAGAAAGCGGUACAUAUACGAGGACGAGUACUGGAGGGGAAGCGGAUGGUGCACAUUUGCUGGUGUCCUUUCCACAGUGUCCUCUGAAGCAAGUGUCCUUUUUCUUUGCCUAAUUACACUUGACAGACUUUUAGUUAUAAAAUUUCCUUUCGGUCAAAAGAGAUUUGAUUUGCUUAAGGCUCAAUCAUGCUCGAUUUUUGCAUGGGGUUUUGCAUUUGUUAUAGCUCUGAUACCAGUUGUUUACGAAGGCUAUUUUCAAAAUCAAUUUUACUCAAGAUCUGGGGUUUGCAUUGCUCUACCAUUGACGAGAGAUCGACCGCCUGGCUGGAUUUAUUCCAUAUUAAUUUUUGUUGGUUUAAAUUUCAUUACGUUUACGCUGGUUGCAUUUGGUCAGAUCUCCAUUUUCAUGGAGGUUAAGAAAUCAAGUUCAAGUAUGCAGAAAAUGCACUCUGGAAGGAGGAGGGAUUUGAUUGUUGCAAGAAAUCUUCUUCUCGUCGUUACCACGGACUUUUUGUGUUGGUUUCCAAUUGGUGUUAUGGGUAUGUAUAAAAUGGCACUGAAUGGUCACGUGAUCUCGGGUGAUGUUUAUGCAUGGUCGGCCGUGUUUAUUUUACCAAUCAACUCUGCCCUGAAUCCAAUAUUGUAUACAGUGACUGCCAUAUUAGGAAAAUCGAACUUUAAUCCUAGCUCAGAGGAACAGACGCGUUCAGAAUUAUCAAAAGAACUUGGCAAUUACAUCAAGGAGUAUCGAAGCAUCAGCCGGAACUUCAGCGUUCGCGAUGCCCUCAAACUUAAAUACAUAUCUGUCGGGGAACUCGUAAACAGUGAUAUGACGGUGUCGGCCUCUGUCACUCUCAAGUUAACAUACGAAUUGUUUCGUUCUCUUGACGUGCUUCAAAGAGCUUUUCUGUUCAUUGGAAACCUUGAUAAGGAUACAGUGUGUGUCAGGACCAGAAAUGGGAAGGUAUUAGGAGAUAUCCUCAUUAAAGUAGACACAAGACCAGCGGCCAAGAAUGAAGACCUACAAAAUGAUAUCUUUCAAGCAGGACGCCUCAUUUAUAUCAUAGUUUACAAGGUCAUCAGACGAAAUGAAAACAUGUAAUUGAAACUUAAUUAUCCCACUUAUUACGUAGUGGUUCGUACGUUUUAAAAUCAAACUUUUUAACGUAACUGUUUCGUUCAUUGCUGUUGUUUCAAAUAUCAAUGUUUUGUUUUAUUUUAUUAAUUUUUAAUAUUAUUAUUAAUUUAUGUAUAUAUUAUUUUUAAUAUUUAGGGAAUGCCAUUAAAUGAUUCCCUGUAGUUUCUAUUAUUAAACAUUUU